GAGCCUUCAUGCCUGAUCCCUGACAGUUGAAGAGGAGCGGACAUGACAGAGGCGAGGGACAUUAGGAGACAUUAUGUGAACUACGUGGGUACUUUCCCGCCUCCUCGACACACCACCAUGAACACGCCACGGGGAGGACAGCAUUCCCUCAAAAGCACUGUGCUGUAUCAACGCAACAACGCCAGCCGCUGCCUCAGCCAUAUUGCUGUGCCACAAAUAGCACUGGGCGUCCUUGCCACCUUGGCGGGGAUAGUGACCGUCUUCAUAGCUUCAGUCAAGCUGCAGUUUCCGUUUUACAUUGGGGCAGACAUAUGGACAGGAGUAACGUGUAUAACGGCAGGUGGUGUUGCUCAUCGCAUCUACUCGAACACUCGUGGCGGCAAGGUGACACGGAACACGCAGCGUUUGUUACUGGCCUAUGGAUGUCUAACCAUCGCGUGUCUGUGUAUGAGUGUUGGGAGUCUCACGCUGGCCGGAUACGUGGCCUACAUGUGCACGGACGGGAACCCUUCUAACGAUCUGUGUAUGCCAAGGAUGCGAGCUAACCUGGCGCUUUCUGUUGUGGACGUUGUCAUUGAGUGCUUUAUCGUAGUGACAAGUCUUGUCUGCUUUUGGAAAUUUAGUUACUAUAGAUACACAUUUAGGACAAGGCCAGCACAAAAAAUGACGAAAGAGAAAAAAAGCAAUGAAUUGAAACAAAUCAUGAACUCACAAGAUGUCUACAUCGCCAGGAGCCCCUACGGCCAAGGGCAGAUGCGCGCGCAUCCUGUGUAUCUGACACAUGGAUCGAGACCAGGGAUGCCAUUUCACGUAGAUGGCGGUAUGCCACCACCCUACACGCAGCUGGCACCAUAUUAAACAGAUGGCACCGUAAUCUCUGUUAAACAUUGCUAUUGCUUCUGUCCGCAUGUGUACGGAAGCUGUGUUUUUAAAGUGUUUUCAGGUCACACCAGAUUCGAUCACCCGUGGGGCUACAAUGUAUGAAUCAUUUUCUGAGUGUUCGCGUGAGUGUUCGCGUGAGUGUUCGCGUGAGGGUUCGCGUUAGGGUUCGCGUCAUGACGCUGGAGUAUUGAAGGGGAAAUAAGUAAAACCUCACUCGUACUUCUGUUGUACCGAUGGAAUAUAUUCUUAUAACCUCGAGAGUCUUUACAAAAGACACACUCCCUUUUGAACGUUAUAUAAAUAUAUUCUGUUUAAAUGAGGACAGACUGUUACAUAUUUACACAUUGUACUGCUUCGAUCGUAUGCGAUGCUAUGUAAUGACGGUUGUUGUAUGGUUACACCUAUUACAAAUCCACAUUACACCACGGUUGUAGCUACAUUGUAAGCGGGUUACAACCUUGUAAUGAUAACAUGGACAAUAUUUGAAACCUAGAAACUGUAUAUUUCGUUUUGACCUCAGGGGCGGUAGAGUUGGGGGUGUUGGGUUGAAGCUUCGAACCGACCAAGAGAAAAAGGAAACAAUUCUGCUGUGACGUCCUAAAAAUCGCCAUGUGUGUGGACUGUUCAAGAAUAUAGUAUUUUUCUCUCGUUAGUUCGUGAUGAAAUACAAAAUCUCAUUUAAAACCAUUGCAACACGUUUAGUUUCCAUUAAUCAGGCAUCAUUUCUAAAAACCGUUGUCAUUACAUAAACAGUUAUAAUUCUGCAAAUGGGACUUUGCAGAAAAUGUGUCCAAAUGUUUGAUGCAAUGUAUCUCUGUAAUAAAUAUGUAUUGAAG